AUGAUAGCCUCUAUGAUGCCUGAAGAUUCUUGGGUUUGCAAGUGGCAGAAAAUCAACCGCAAAUGUAAAGGAAUUUAUGCAAUUUCUGUGUCCGGAUCUCUUCCUGCAUCUGUGAUUUCCGAAUUGAAAACAGUUGGAAUACGGUACAAACCGGGAAUGCGGGACACCGCAACUAAAUAA